UGCAGUCAGAAGACAGAGCUGACCGAGGAUGGAGCAGGGACUCAGCAGGACCCGGGCCAGGGACUUGGACAAGUUCAUAGAGGUCCACCUCCUUCCUGACACCAGCUUCUGUGGUGAGGUCAAGGCAGCCAUCAAUAUCAUGUGCACUUUUCUGAAGGAGAGAUGCUUCCGAGGUGCCACCCACCCUGUGAGGGUCUCCAAGGUGGUGAAGGGCAGCUCCUUGGGCAAAGGCACAGCCCUCGACCUGGUGGUGUUCCUUAACAAUCUCACCAGCUUUGAAGAUCAGUUAAAGCGACGGGGAGAGUUCAUCCAGGAAAUUCAGAAACAGCUUUACAACUUUCAGAGAGAGAGGGAGAUAUGGGUGAAGUUUGAGGUUCAGAGUUCAUGCUGGUCCAACAUUGCAUGCUGGUUCAACAUUUUAUGGUUGUUCAACCUCAGGGCACUCAGCAUCAAGCUGAGCUCCCCCCAGCGUCAACAGGAGGUGGAGUUUGAUGUGCUGCCGGCCUAUGAUGUCCUGGGCCAACUCAACCACAUCAAGCCUAACCCCCAAAUCUACGCUGACCUCAUCAGGGAGUGCACCUCCAAGAAGCUGGAGGGCAAGUUCUCCACCUGCUUCACGAAGCUCCAGAGAAAUUUCUUGAAGCAUCAUCCACCCAAGCUGAAGAAUCUUAUCCGCCUGGUCAAGCACUGGUACCAACUGUGUAAGGAGAAACUGGGGAAGCCGCUGCCCCCACAGUAUGCCCUGGAGCUGCUCACAGUCUACGCCUGGGAACGUGGGAGUGGAUUCCCUGACUUCAACACAGCCCGGGGCUUCAGGACAGUCUUGGAACUGGUCACCAAGUACUGGCAGCUUCGAAUCUACUGGACAGUGUAUUAUGACUUUCAAUACCAAUAUGUCUCCAAAUACCUGCACAGACAGCUCAGUGGAGCCAGGCCUGUGAUCCUGGACCCGGCUGACCCAACAAGGAACGUGGCUGGUUUGAACUCAAACAGCUGGUGCCUGCUGGCAGAGGAGGCUAUGGUCUGGCUGCAAUACCCAUGCUUUGAAAACUGGGAUGGCUCCCCAGUGCGCUCCUGGGAUGUGCCGACGGAGGUUGACAUGCCACAUCAGGAGAACCAGGAGAAUAAUUUUUUUCGCAACCUCUGUUUAUUUUUGUUGGUUUUGUUUCAUUUUAUUGUUUUAUGGUCUUCUUCUGCAUAGCCCAGGCUAGCCUGGAGCUCGCCAUCCUCCGGCCUUCAUGCUGGGGUGGCUGCAGUGUAGGCCUCAUGUGCACUGCCUUCCCUCCAUCCCCAGAUGGAGGAGAACAGAGCUUGCGUCCUUCUGUGAGCACAGCAGCACCUGCCCAGGAGGCUCCAGAGUCAGGGAUGUGCUCCUCUGUGCAGGACUUCACCAGAGAGCAGGAUGCUGCCCAAGGGAGCGGGUGUCCAUGUGCAAGGUCCUGAACUCUUAAGUACCUCAUAUAGAAGAGGUACUCUGCCCAAGGCCACAGUGAGGGAGUGUCCAACCUAGAGUUAGACUCCUGGCUUUUGACCCCUGCUCCCUCUCCCUUCCAUGAUCUCCCAUCAUAGUCAGCCUUCCUCAUCUUCCUUAUCCUCUGACAGGGUUCUCUGGGGGACAAGAGAUUCAGAAGGAAAGGGAGAAUUCAAACUUGAAUUCCAUCUGUGUAUCUGUUGGAAGGUUCUGUCCAAUGACUGAUCAACAACAGUAAACCACAGCAGAUGCCUGUAGUUGGGGGUAUGUGAGCCUAGAGAAAGGAAAUCAAAUAUUUGUUGGGGAACACUCAUGAAUAACAGUAAGGUAGACAGCUGCUUUGAUCUUCUGUUCUGCCCUGGGGUUGGUGGAAACUGUGAUCAGAUCUCCAGCUACCACACAAGAGCAAGAGAGACCCCUCCUCUUUCUCUAAGAGAUCACCUCCACACACAGAAGCCACACCCUAAGACCAGUCCCCCAAAAUUAUUGGUUGAAUGGAUUCCCAAGUUAGAUGUCAUAUGCAUUUGAGAGAUGAACCACAGAAGAAUAAGUAUGUGUCCAUGUUUCAACUAGAUGUAGUUAUUAAGCACUUAUUACAUACCCCACAGGGAUGGCUGACCGUUAACUUGUAUAUCUUAAUUAUCUUUAACACUGUACAACUACUUAAUAUCUUUUUUAAAAAGAUUUAUUUAUUUAUUACAUAUACAGUGUUCUGCUUACAUGCCAGAAGAGGGCACCAGAUUGAGUUGUAGAUGGUUGUGAGCUACCAUGUGGUUGCUGGGAAUUGAACUCAGGAUCUCUGGAAGAGCAGUCAAUGCUCUUAACCUCUGAGCCAUCUCUCCAGCCCCUUAAUAUCUUUUAUAAUGUUAGCAUUCUGUAUUUUUUCUCUUGUUAAGUUUGAGUCUAAAACAAUUGAAUUGCCGGGCGUUGGUGGCACACGCCUUUAAUCCCAGCACUCGGGAGGCAGAGGCAGGCGGAUCUCUGUGAGUUCGAGGCCGGGCUGGACCGACAGCCUCCAAAACAAUACAGAGAAGCCCUGUCUCGUAAAAACCAAAAAUAAAUAAAUAAUAAAACAAUUGAAUUGAAGCAUCAAAAUAAAACUUUAAACCAAUCAAAAAAUAAAACUUUAAUACAGUAGCAGAGACAAAGAAGUUAGAUAUUAUCUUUUAAGUUAGUUUCCACUAGCCUGAAUAGACUUAGGAAUUUAGUCCUUAUUUAUCCACAUUAUGUUGUUACUUAUUUAAAAUUUUCUACAAGCCUGGUGUUGCCAGAGACAUAAGCCCUCAGACAUACAUCUCUAAGUUAGCUUUUGUUAACCUGAGUAUACAUUUAUAACCUUAGGAAUUCAUCAUCAUAGAAAAAUCCACCCUAAUUCAAAAUAUCCUGGGAGACCUGUGGUUGCCUUCAUAGUCUAAAAGGAGAUAUAAUAAUAACCGGAAGCUGUGCGUUGGUGGCACAUGCCUUUAAUCCCAGCACUCGGGAGGCAGAGGCAGGCAGAUCUCUGUGAGUUCGAGACCAGCCUGGUCUACAGAGAGAGAGAGAGUUCCAGGACAGGCUCCAAAGCCACAGAGAAAUGCUGUCUCCAAAAAAAAAAAAUAAUAAUAAUAACCGGAAGGCUUUAUACCAUGUGUGACUUUGAUCAAAUGGUGAAGUUCUGUGGCAUGUGCUCUUUAUCCCUAGUAAGGAUGGAUGCCAGGCACAUGGUCCUUUUCAUCCUGAUGAAGCAUCAGCUAAGAUAGAGGUAGCCAUGUGGCUGCCAUUUGAAAACAUCAAUUUUAUGCUGUAUCUUGUAGUACACCCACUUUUCUAAAUGAGAGUCAAACCAUGUAUGUAGUAUACUGUAGCAAAUCAAAAUUACGUAUGUACAAUUUAAUGAUCAACCUUUUGAUAUAAGUUUUAAACUAAAUUGUGGGGAUAUCUUGCUUGUACAAAUCAAGCCUGUCUGAGGGUCAGAGAAUAGAGCCUGCUACUAGCUAACCAUAGAGGUCUGGAGGUCUGUACAGUCAGGAAGUGAGGUAGCUGGGCAGAAACAGGAUAUAAGCAGGGAGAAACAGGAAAUCUCUUUCCUGUCUGCUCAGAUGCUAGGGAGGUAAAGUGUUCUGUGGCUUGCUCCUUCUCUCUGAUCUCUCAGCGUUUCCCUCUACUUCUGACUCUGACUCUUUAUUAUCUAGACCAAUUAAGUACUCCAUUUACACAACAUGUUUUUUGACCAUCCCCAAGCAAUUGGAAUUUUAAGAUAAAGGGUUUACAUAGAGCAGAGAGAGAUCUCUAUCCUCAUGUGCUAGUUUAUACAUGAGUCAGUUAAAAUAUCCAGUGGCUGAGAACUAUCCAGUACAAGCUGAUGGGCUGUAGGAAGUUACAUCUUUAGAACUGUACAAUCUGGAGUGGAUAUCAGGUGGAACUUGUGUAUAAAAUAUAUACUCCUCCUUUGGAA